CCAAAAUAAAUACUCUUCUAAACCCUCUGAUCUGCUCCAAAGUCAUCUUCUUCAUCCUUCCAAUAUCAACACUAUAAGUCUAUAACCGUCAUUGUUUCUGAGAAAAAAGCUUCAUUCAUUUCCCUAGCUACAAAAACAAAAGAAAACAAAAAUCAUUUCUAAAGCAUGGCCGAAGAGCAACACCUCCUGUCGACGGAGAUCGUGAACCGCGGCAUCCAGUCGUCGGGGCCGGAUGCCGGGUCGAUGACGUUCUCCGUGAGGGUCCGCCGACGGCUGCCGGACUUCGUGCAGUCGGUGAACCUGAAGUACGUGAAAUUGGGGUACCAUUAUCUGAUCAGCCACGGGGUAUACUUGGCCACCGUGCCGCUGCUUCUGGCGGUGUUCGGCGCCGAGGUUGGGAGCCUUAGCAGGGCGGAGAUGUGGCAGAAGCUUUGGGAUAGCACUGCUAAAUAUGAUUUGGCCACCGUCUUGUCUUUUCUGGUGCUUGUUGUGUUUACCCUCUCAGUUUACUUCAUGUCCAAGCCUAGACCUAUUUAUCUCCUUGAUUUUGCAUGCUUCAAACCUAGUGAUGAUCUCAAGGUAACAAAGGAGCAAUUCAUUGAUUUAGUCCGAAAGUCGGGGAAAUUCGACGAAGAAAGCCUGGAAUUUCAGAAGAGGAUAUUAGAAUCUUCCGGCAUCGGAGACGAAACGUACGUGCCGAAGUCGAUCGGGUCACCGGAAAACACCGCCACCAUGAAGUUAGGGCGGGAGGAGGCGGCGACGGUGAUGUUCGGAGCAAUCGACGAGGUGUUCGAGAAAACCCGAGUCCGCCCAAAAGACGUGGGAGUUCUGGUGGUGAACUGCAGCAUAUUCAACCCGACACCCUCGCUGUCGGCUAUGAUCAUAAACCACUACAAGAUGCGAGGGAACAUCCUGAGUUUCAACCUGGGAGGGAUGGGGUGUAGUGCUGGGGUGAUAGCGCUUGACUUGGCCCGUGACAUGCUCCAAGCUAACCCUAAUAACUAUGCGUUGGUGGUUAGCACUGAAAUGGUUGGGUUCAAUUGGUACCCCGGCAAGGAACGCUCAAUGCUCAUCCCUAAUUGCUACUUCCGCAUGGGUUGCUCCGCCCUCCUCCUCUCCAAUCGCCGCCGUGACUACCGCCGCGCUAAGUACCAGCUCGAGCACAUUGUCCGGACUCACAAAGGCGCCGAUGAUCGUGCUUUCAGGUCCAUCUACCAAGAAGAAGAUCAAGAACGCCACAAGGGGCUAAAGAUAAGCAAAGACUUGAUUCAAAUAGGAGGAGAUGCACUGAAGACCAACAUCACCACACUAGGCCCUCUAGUCCUCCCAUUCUCCGAGCAGCUCUUCUUCUUCGCAAACCUAAUUUGGACCCACAUUUUCCCCUCCAAGAAAGCGCCCAACAAGCCCUACAUCCCCGACUACAAGCUAGCAUUCGACCACUUCUGCGUCCACCCCGCCGGCAAGGCCGUCCUGGACGAGCUCCAGCGCAACCUGGGGUUGAGCGACCACAACAUGGAGGCGUCCCGGGCGGCUCUGCACCGCUUCGGGAACAAUUCUAGCAGCAGCAUAUGGUACGAGCUGGCGUAUCUGGAGGCCAAGGGGAGAGUGAAAGGAGGCCAUCGCGUUUGGCAAAUUGCCUUCGGGUCAGGUUUCAAGUGCAACAGUGCUGUUUGGAAGGCGAUGAGGCGUGUUGGGACCCAAGGGGGGAAUCCUUGGCUCGAUUGCGUUGAUAGAUACCCUCAGGCUCUCUACUCCCCUUAGAAAGCUAUUCAUGGUAGCAAAUUAUAACGUCGUCAACCUUUCAACAUGGAAUUGAAGUGGAAGCUAGGCUUCAUCUUGAAAUUUAUAAUUUAUAAUAAUAAUAAUGGUUACAAGUACAUUGCAAUUUCUAUAAUUUCGUGUGUAAUAGUAUUACAUGUUUAGUGAAAUUGUAUUAUUGCUCAUCAUAUAAAAUUUACUUGUGAUAUUGUUACGUAUUA